AUGGAGGCAUCGAUAUCUGCCGUGGAAAAAAUCCUAAACUACAAAUUCAAAAACAAAAGGCUUCUGGAGGAAGCACUAACACACUCCUCCUACACAGACUCAGUGUCUUAUCAGCGACUGGAGUUCAUAGGCGACGCGGCGCUUGGUCUUGCGUUAAGUAAUCAUGUGUUUUUGGCUUACCCUCACCUGGACCCUGGUCAUUUGUCUCUACUGCGUGCUGCUAAUAUUAGUACUGAGAAGCUGGCUCGUGUCGCCAUUAAGCAUGGUCUUUAUAGAUUUGUUAGACACAACGCCACUGCUCUUGAUGAUAAGGUUAAGGAGUUCAGUGAUGCUGUGAGUGGAGAAGAUGAUGCACUAGUAUAUGGUGGGUCAAUAAAAGCACCAAAGGUUCUUGCUGAUAUUGUGGAGUCCGUGGCUGCUGCUGUUUAUGUUGAUGUCAAUUUCGAUCUUCAAAGGCUUUGGGUGAUAUUUAGGGGUGUUUUGGAGCCAAUAGUUACACUUGAAGAUUUGCAGCUGCAACCACAACCGGUGACUAUGUUAUUUGAGCUGUGUCAAAAGCAGGGAAAGCAUGUCGAUAUUAAACAUUGGAAAUAUGGGACCAAAAAUAUUGCUAGUGUCUAUGUAGAUGGAAAAUUUGUAACUUCCAGUUCGUCUGAGCAGAAAGAAAUUGCAAAGCUUAAUGCCGCCAAAGGAGCUUUGCUUAAAUUAUCUAACUUACUCCCUACUAAUGUAAGUGUGUCGCUUCUUGAUAUUUUUGAUGGGUCUUUCGAGAUUGAAGGAGCCAAACAGAAGUUACAUGAACUCUGCAGCAAGAAACAAUGGCCCAAACCAAAUUACAACAUUGACAAAGAUAUGGGUCCUCCACAUGAGAAGAAAUUUGUAUGCUCAGUUCAAAUUGCAACUCUAGAUGGUGUUCUAUACAUGAAGGGAGAUGAAAGAACAAGAGUAAAGGAUGCAGAAAAUUCUGCAGCUUCGUUAAUGAUCCGUGCUUUGCAGGACACAGAGUAUCUGUGA